GAUAGGGUCAACGCUCUGAAGUCAGCCCCCUGGCUUUUGCCAAGACCUGCCUCUGCACAGCUCUGAGUGGACAGCUGGAGGCUGCAGCUGGAGGCCUGGGCCCCGAUGGAGCCCCGGCUGGGGCCGGGGGCGGCUGCCCUCUGCCUGGGCUGGCCGGCUCAGCUGCUCUGGGUCUCAGCCCUGGGCUCUGCUGUCUCCUCGCCGGCUCCUCCUUCUCCCAGAACCAGCUACAGUUUGGGAAGGACUGUCCUCGGCCUUGAUAAAUGCAAUGCCUGCAUUGGAACAUCUAUUUGCAAGAAGUUUUUUAAAGAAGAAAUAAGGUUUGACAGCUGGCUGGCCACCCACGUCGAACUGCCUCUGGGCUACUUGCCUUCGUACCCUGCAAAUUACUCAGAUGAUUCCAAAACCUGGCGCCCCGUGGAGAUAUCGAGGCUGGUCAGCAAACACCAGCAUGAAAUCUCAGACAGGAGAAUCUGCGCCUCUGCCGCAGCCCCAAAGACCUGCAGCAUCGAGCGUGUCCUGAGGAAAACAGGAAGGUUCCAGAAAUGGCUGCAGGCCAAGCGCCUCACGCCCGACCUGGUGCAGAAUCUAUUUUUAAAAAAGAAAAAGAAAAUUGAAGGCAGGAUGGAUCUGACUGAUGCAGGAACCUCAGAACUUCUCCUGCCUUGGCAGAUCUUCCCUGGAGCUGAGGGAUGGCCGCUGCCCAAGUACCUGGGCUCCUGCGGCCGAUUCCUGGUCAGCACCAGCACCAGCCCGCUGCAGGAAUUCUAUGCUGCGCCCCCCGACCAGGCAGCCGACCUGGCCCAUCAGCUCCUCAGGAUCCUGGAGUCCCUGCGGAACAACGAUCUGAACUACUUCCUCUACUUCACCCACGUGGAUGCCUCCAUGUUUGGCAUCUUUAACAACGGGCAUCUGUUCAUCCGGGAUGCCAGUGCCCUGGGCGUCAUCGACAGGCAGGAAGGCAGCCAAGCAGCCGCCAGGGCAGCAGAGAACAAAGACAUCUUCAGCUGCCUGGUCACCGGCUGCCAGGCCGAGCUGCCCUCCUGUGACUCCAUCCCCGAGAAGCAGAGCCUGGUGCUGGUGUGUCGGCAGGUCCUGCCUCAGCUGCUCCAGGGGAAGUUCCCCUCUCCGGUGCAGGAGCAGAUCGACGUCCUCCUGGCCAAGUGUGGGGAGGGCGCCCGCCCAGACCCCGAAGUCCUGGAGGCCGCCAGCCAGCUGAAGAGCAUCUUGAGACCCCUGAGAACCUGUGACCCCAGGUUCGCCUACCGCUACCCAGACUGCAGGUAUAAUGACAAGUUCUGAGGGGCUGGAGCCUGGCUGGCCUCCAGGGACCACAUGCUCCGCUCUCCAUUCCCAGGCACUGAGGAACAUUCCAGCAACCGGAGGGCGGUUGUGCAGCACUGGCACUGGCCUCGUUGGCUGGAACAUCACAAAAGAGCCAGGGUUGGGCAUCAGAAGAUCCAGGUGUGGCCCUUGCCAGUUUGGCUCAGUGGAUAGAGCAUCGGCCCGCGGACCAAAGGGUCCCAGGUUCAA